AUGGGGUCAGCAUUCAUUGCAUCUGGGAUUGUAUUGUUUGUGGGUUUCUCCUAUGCCGUCGUUGUGUCCAAGCUGCUUCCACCAUAUGAGAACCAACUUAUGUCCGCUAUCCAAAAUGAUAGGUAUUACUGCCUACUUGUGCCCUUGACACGUCCUAUGAUAAUUGUGGCUGUCUAUCUGCAUUGGCUAAGUAUAUAA